AUGAUCAACCUGUACAACACGUCCUCUUUUAUACAGCUACAAGGACUGGAUCUUUCACAUGAAAGUGUCUUUCCUGCUUUUCUCUUUGCAACUCUCAACUACAUGAUUAUUCUGUUCUGCAACCUCACUCUGAUCCUCACCAUUGUGCUGAACAAAUCUCUGCAUCAGCCCAUGCAUCUGUUCCUGGUGAAUCUUCCAGUCAAUGACCUGAUUGGUUCUUCAGCUUUUUUCCCACUGCUCAUCAAAGAGAUCCUGACCAACAGCAGGAUGGUCCAUUACUCCUCCUGUAUCGCACAAGCCUUCUUUAUCCACAUCUAUGCAGCCGGUUCUGUGUUUAUUCUGAGUGCUAUGGCGUACGACAGAUACAUUGCUAUAUGUCACCCACUGCAGUACAAUACUUUCAUGACUAACGCUAACAUUAUGAAAAUAAUCACAUUGGUGUGGUCGUCCUGUCUGGUUUUAAUUGGAGGUCUUUUUAUUCUUCUACUGCGUUUGCGCUUCUGUAGAUCUGAAAUGUCAAACCUCUACUGUGAUAAUGCUAAUUUGUUGUCACUGGUUUGUGAUAACACAGUAAUAAACAACAUUUAUGCUCUUUUAAUCACUGGUUUAACACAAGUUUUAGCCAACGGGAUGGUUUUAUUCACGUAUCUCCGGAUUCUGAUUGCAUGCUUUAGAUCCAAACAGACGGACACUAAAGCUAAAGCUCUGCAGACAUGUGCUACUCACCUGUUUGUCUUUCUCAUGAUGGAGUGUUUGGGCCUUUUCACCAUCAUAUCAUCCAGGAUACAGAACAUUUCACCACAUUUAAGAAGAUUCAUUGGUGUUUCUACGUUAAUCUUCCCCCCGACUUUAAAUUCAAUCAUUUAUGGACUGAGAACAAAAGAAAUUCGCGAAAAACUAGUGAAGGUUUUCAGGAAGAAACCAUUUCGAUGUACGAUAUCCUAACUUGGCCUCAUCUUUUUAAUGGAUUUGUUCCUCUGUACAUCAUUUUGUUUUGUUUUUUUGAUGAUUUAAUAUCAGUUUUAAAUUUUACAUCUAGGUUCAUCCAGAGAUCUACAGAAAAAAACAGCUUUAUUUCUAAGGCAAAUUUUCAAACUCAUAUCAAACAACAUUUUAAAGAUGUGUGCUUGUGUCACUUCUGAUUGCUCCAUUGUUUUUAAAAUCACAUUUUGUGUGAGUCGUAUUUUACUGAAUGUUGUAUU